AUGGAUCUCGAAGCCGUAGCUUACCACAACGAGGCCAAGCGAGCGUCGUGGAGGACCGUCCUCACUCUGGCUUACCAGAGCCUCGGCGUCGUGUACGGAGAUUUGAGCACCUCGCCGCUGUACGUAUACAAGUCGACAUUUGCCGAGGAUAUCCAGCACACGGAGACGAACGAGGAGAUUUACGGCGUCCUGUCCUUCGUGUUCUGGACGCUCACCUUGGUUCCACUGCUCAAGUACGUCUUCUUCGUGCUCAGGGCGGACGAUAAUGGCGAGGGUGGGACUUUCGCCCUGUACUCGCUGCUGUGCCGGCACGCCCGGGUCAACCCGCUGCCGAGCUGCCAGCUCGCGGAUGAGGAGCUCUCGGAGUACAAGAAGGACGGGAAGCGGACGUCCCCCAUGGGGAGGAGCUUCGGGUCAAGGCUGAAGUCUACUCUCGAGAGGCAUAAGGUUUUGCAGAGGUUUUUGCUCGUUCUGGCUCUGAUUGGGACUUGCAUGGUCAUCGGUGAUGGUGUCCUCACGCCGUCCCUCUCUAUUUUCUCUGCAGUUUCUGGUGUCGAACUUUCCAUGGCAAAGGAGCACCAUAAGUACGUGGAGGUCCCAGUCGCGUGUGUCAUAUUGAUUGGCCUGUUUGCCCUUCAGCAUUAUGGCACCCACAGGAUCGGCUUCUUGUUCGCGCCUGUGGUUAUACUGUGGCUUUUGUGCAUCAGUGCAAUUGGCUUGUAUAAUAUCUUCCACUGGAAUCCUCAUGUAUACCAAGCGCUUUCUCCUUAUUACAUGUACAAAUUCCUGAGGAAGACUCAGAGAGGAGGAUGGAUGUCCUUGGGAGGCAUUCUCCUUUGUAUAACAGGUUCAGAAGCAAUGUUUGCGGACCUUGGGCACUUCUCUCAGCUCUCAAUUCAGAUAGCAUUCACCUCUUUCGUUUAUCCUUCCCUGAUCCUUGCCUACAUGGGGCAGGCUGCCUAUCUGUCUAAGCAUCACUCGAUGGACGGUCACUACCAAAUUGGCUUUUAUGUUUCUGUACCAGAUAAGUUGAGAUGGCCUGUCCUAGUAAUCGCCGUACUUGCUGCUGUUGUGGGAAGCCAAGCCAUCAUCACUGGAACAUUUUCCAUCAUUAAGCAGUGCUCUGCCCUCGGUUGUUUCCCGAAAGUUAAAAUAGUGCACACAUCUUCCAAAGUGCAUGGGCAGAUUUACAUUCCUGAGAUUAAUUGGACAUUGAUGCUUCUUUGCUUAGCUGUCACAAUUGGAUUCAGAGACACCAAACGGAUGGGCAAUGCAUCAGGUUUGGCGGUUAUUACUGUUAUGCUCGUGACCACCUGUUUAAUGUCUCUGGUCAUCGUCCUGUGCUGGCACCAAAGCAUUCUUCUAGCAGUUUGCUUCGUGCUCUUGUUUGGGACGAUUGAAGCGCUCUACUUCUCGGCCUCUCUUGUGAAAUUCCUCGAGGGAGCAUGGGUCCCAGUUGCUCUCGCUUUUAUCUUCCUCAUCAUCAUGUGUGUCUGGCACUACGGGACACUAAAGAAAUAUGAGUACGAUGUUCAGAACAAGGUCUCCAUUAACUGGCUCCUCAGCCUGGGUCCCAGCCUUGGGAUUGUCCGAGUCCGUGGGAUCGGGCUCGUCCACACCGAGCUCGUCUCUGGGAUCCCUGCAAUCUUCUCCCACUUUGUGACAAACCUCCCUGCUUUUCACCAAGUCUUGGUGUUCCUCUGUAUCAAGUCUGUCCCUGUCCCGCAUGUCAAGCCCGAAGAGCGAUUCCUCUUGGGCCGGAUUGGACCGAGGGAGUUCCGAAUCUACCGAUGCGUAGUCCGAUAUGGGUACAGAGACUUCCACAAGGACGAUGUGGAGUUUGAGAAGGAUCUUGUUUGUAGUAUAGCAGAGUUCAUACGAUCGGGAAAUGCAGAUCAGAAUGGUGGGGAUGUAGACCUAAAGGAUGAGGAGACAAUGGCUGUUGUCGGGACGUGUGAGACACACAUGGAUGGGAUUCAGAUGAGGGAGGACGACAUGGAAAACAAGGCAGAAUCACCUGGCACUUCCGAGCUCAGAGAGAUACAAUUACAAUCACCACCAGUAUUGAAGCGGAAGAGGAAGAAGAGGGUGAGAUUCGUUGUGCCUGAGAGCCUGAAGAUCGAUGUGGAAGCCCGGGACGAGCUCCGGGAACUCAUGGAGGCUCGUGAUGCAGGGGUAGCGUACAUACUGGGGCAUUCAUACGUGAGGGCAAAGCAGGGGUCAGGCCUGUUCAGGAGGGCGGUUAUAAACAUCGUGUUUGAUUUUUUGAGGAGAAAUUCCCGGCCGCCGACAUACGAGCUCAGCGUGCCUCACGCAUCUACCCUAGAGGUAGGCAUGGUCUACCCCAUUUGAAUUUUUGGCUGCACAUAGUUUGAAGCAUUUGUAAAUGUUUCGACAUAAUGUUUUUGAGAUGAGAGGAAACGUUAUAGCAAGAAAAGCAAUGAAAAAGAUCCAAAAUUCAGGUAUAUAACUUGUCUUCUCUCC